GAUCAGCCUCAUGUCUGGUUUCUCUACCCCUGUAUCCUGUCUCCUAGAUUCUCUGUCCUAAAACCAGGAUACCUGUGCAACUUGGACAUCUUCAUCACUUGGAAUAGGCCUCUUUCUGGAAAGGUUAUCCUGUGUUUGCUGUCACCAUGUUGUUGCUCAGCAGAAGUGCCAACUGUCAAGUCGGGGGAUUUGCUUUGGCCUCCAUAGCAUGGUUCCUCUGCAGCAUAUCCACAGGCCUCCCACAAUGGCGAGUCUGGUACUUUAAUGAAACCGUUUUUUCCGAGCCUACCACAGCCUUCAUAGGGAUGUGGAGAGUCUGUUUUUACCAAGAAAACAUCAAGCCCAGCAAUACCAGAUGGUGUCAUGAAUAUACCUACUAUGACAACUUCAUUCCUUUGGAUAUUCACAUCAUUCAACAUUUGUUACUGGGCUCCAACAUUCUCGGGUUAAUUGGAACAGUUGCCACCAUUUUUGCUGUUGGAAAUCUGUACAGAGGGAAAGUGCUGAAGAAUACCACCUACAAUCCAUUCGUCAUUUCAGCCAUUCUCAACAUCAUUGCCAGUACCUUUGUUCUCCUGGCUGUCUUAUGCAAUUAUUUCUCUGUCAUUCACAAAGCAGUAAUUACAUUUCCACCAUCUUUCCGUAUUCCUUUAUAUCCAUCUUAUCAGAGAAUUGGAAUUGCUAAUGUAGUGGCAAGUCUAGCUGCCCUAUUGUUUUUAGGCAGCAGCAUUAUUUUUCUGUCAUACACUUCUCUGGUGGAAAACCAAGUGUGUCCUAAAGUUUGA